CAAGGCUUUGCUUGUUUUUAAAUAAGAUAAUAUUUUCCAAAUUUACCAAAACCGAAAAACAAGAUAUAGAAAAACCGGAAGGCGGAAACCCUGAGACUACCUCCUGCGCGGUCCUUUUUGUUCUCUAUUCUGGUUUUUGGCCUAUAUAUUCUCUUCAUUCAGCAUUUUCUGCUCCUCCUUUCUUUCCCCGUCUUUUCUACUCUAUAUUUAGAUUUUUACUUCAAAAGGUAUUUUGGAGGCAAAAAAAGCUGUAAAAUUUAUGGCAUGUAUUACACAAAGCGUUGGAACCGCUGCAAAUUUUCUGGGCAGCCGUAAGUGUCAUUCAUCGUGUCAUUCAUCGAAAUUGUCCUCGGCCAACCAGACCCGUUGCUUUGGCCUGAAACCCAUUAGCUGGGAUAGCUUGAAAGUCGAAUUUCAUGGCGAUUCUCGCCGCCCUUUGAUUAAUUACGGAGCAUUCACUUCCGCCAUAGUCAGUAGUUUGUCAUCUGUCAAUGGUGCUGCCACUUCUGAUGAAAGGGUGAUUGUAUUGGUGAUUGGAGGAGGAGGAAGGGAACAUGCACUUUGUCAUGCACUAAAACGAGCUCCAUCUUGUGAUGCUGUCUUUUGUGCCCCGGGCAAUCCUGGAAUUUCCAACUCUGGGGACGCAACUUGCAUCUCCGACCUUGAUGUCCUUGAUAGUUCUGCAGUAAUCUCAUUUUGCCGUAAUUGGGGAGUUGGACUAGUUGUUGUUGGACCAGAAGCUCCUCUUGUUGCAGGCCUUGCUAAUGAUCUUGUUGAAGCUGGAAUCCCAACUUUUGGUCCUUCGUCAGAGGCUGCUGCUCUUGAAGGCUCCAAGAACUUUAUGAAGAUGAUUUGUGACAAAUAUGGAAUUCCAACAGCCAAGUAUAAAGCAUUUACGGAUCCUACUGCUGCGAAAGACUAUAUCAAAGGCCAAGGUGCUCCCAUUGUUGUUAAAGCAGAUGGUCUAGCUGCUGGAAAAGGAGUUAUUGUCGCCAUGACCCUUGAAGAGGCAUAUGAUGCUGUAGACUCAAUGCUUGUAAAAGGUGACUUUGGGUCUGCUGGUUGUCGUGUUGUUGUUGAGGAAUUUUUGGAAGGAGAAGAAGCAUCUUUUUUUGCACUAGUAGAUGGGGAGAACGCUAUUCCAUUGGAAUCUGCACAGGACCAUAAGCGAGUUGGGGAUGGUGAUACAGGGCCAAAUACUGGAGGAAUGGGAGCGUAUUCCCCUGCGCCAGUUUUGACAAAAGAACUCCAAUUCGUGGUUAUGGAUUCUAUAAUCUUACCCACAGUAAAAGGAAUGGCAAAUGAAGGAUGUAAGUUUGUUGGGGUUUUGUAUGCGGGACUCAUGAUUGAGAAGAAGUCUGGAUUACCAAAGUUAAUUGAGUAUAAUGUCCGCUUUGGGGAUCCAGAGUGUCAGGUUUUGAUGGUUCGUUUGGAAUCUGAUCUGGCACAAGUUCUGCUUGCUGCUUGCAAGGGAGAAUUGAGUGGGGUAUCACUAGAAUGGUCCCCUGGUUCGGCAAUGGUUGUAGUCAUGGCAAGUAAAGGGUACCCUGGGAGCUACGAGAAGGGAAGUUUGAUUCAAAAUCUGGAAGACGCCGAACAAGUUGCUCCCUCAGUUAAAGUUUUCCAUGCUGGAACUGCUGUAGACAGUGAGGGUAAUUACAUCGCCGCAGGCGGACGUGUUCUUGGGAUAACUGCCAAGGGCAAGGAUCUCGAAGAAGCACGAGACAGAGCAUACCAAGCCAUUGAGCAAAUCAAAUGGCCAGGAGGUUUCUACAGGAAAGAUAUCGGCUGGAGAGCUCUGCCUUUAAAACAGUAUUCCUCUUCAGGUUGAAUAGUCUGCUUUACUGCUGUUGAUGUUCCAGAAUUACAUUGGUCAGAGCUUUGAUCUGCAUAAUUUGGUUCCGAUGCAGUUGCAAAAAUAAAUUAACAUCCCGACGAAAUGUUCAUCAAUGUCAAGUCAUUUGUCCUUGGAAAUACACAGUGAUGAGCAGAGGAAAGUUGAAGUUUUGGGAUUAUGGAUGAGUAGAAUUGAGAGCUAUGCCAUUAGGCAUUUUUAUAAUCUAAGUCAUUCGGUCCAAGGUGUAUACUUUUUGAAUAGGAAUCUUUCUUUUUGUCCAUUUAACCAACCCAAUAGAUGCUUAAGGUUGCUUCUGUCAUCUUAAGCAGCCAAAGUUGACACUUAUGAGAAAUUAGACACCUUCAUUUUACUUCAUUAAAAUAGUCAUCAAGUCUUGUAACCUUUAAUUUUAAUUUCUGCAAAAAAGUUGACCAUUUGGCUCCACUUACAAGUUUUAAAUCCAGACAUUAGCAAUUGACUCAAA